AUGUCGGCAGGGCAGCAGCAGUCCCGGACAGGGAGAACAGGAGUGAAAGUCAGCACCCUUUCUAACGACCUGGCAAAACUGUCUGUGAAAGUGUUGAAACUUUCUGAGGGACUAUUAACGCUUUCUGAUAAGGUGGGCGAACGGGACAGGAUGACAGCGCUGGGACUUGGCAAGAUGAAAGAAGUCCACGCUGGAGUGACUGGACCUGCCGGACCUGGAAAGAGAGAGAGACCGUUGGGGCCCACUGGCCAUGGAUUUAUCGGGCCUCGUGGGCCUCCUUGCCCUCCAGGAGAAAAGGAAGCCAGCGGGCCUAGUGGCCCUGGUUCUAUCGGACCUCCUGGUCCUCCAGGAGAAAAGGGAGCUAUGGGGCCAGCUGGUCCCGUGUCUGUCGGGCCUCCUGGACCUCCAGGAGAAAAGGGAGCCAUAGGUCCAGCUGGUCCCGUGUCUGUCGGGCCUCCUGGACCUCCAGGAGAAAAGGGAGCUAUGGGGCCCGCUGGUCCCGUGUCUGUCGGGCCUCCUGGGGAGAGGGGGCUCAAAGGACCGAUCGGGCCACGAGGGUUGAUGGGUCCUCCCGGGCCACCAGGAAGAUCAGUGUGCCAUGCUGGACUACCUAAACCUCAAACAUCCCGUUCGGAUGAUGGUUUUAGAGAGUGGCGUGGAAACUGCUACAAGGCCUUUACCACAAGGAAGAAUUUCAAGGAAGCGGCUGCGACCUGUGGUGAAGAAGGCGGCACCCUCGCCAUGCCCCGAGACGCUGCUACCAACGACUUUCUCAUCACUUUGAUGUCCACACGUGCCAAGCGUUUUUCCCAUUGGAUUGGCCUGCAUGAUCAGCGCAAAGAGGGAAACUUUGUGUGGGUGGAUGGUUCUACACUUGGGAAGUACAACUCGUGGGCGCCGGGACUACCAAAUAAACAUUUUUGGAGGGGAAACUGCGUCGCUUACAAAUCCGGGAAACCAAUUGCAAAGUGGUGGAACGUUCCAUGCAGCUACGGACUACGCUUCAUCUGCCAGGUCGCAGGAGGACGUGCCUAG